GAGCGUCUUACUGAAGCAAACAUCUCUUCCCUCACUCUGGUGAUAACAGCUCCACGAAUGACAACAUUUACACAUGUGCUCGCUCCACAACAAAACAAUUCGCUUAAUGCGAGACAGCAGCGGCUUUCACACCGGAAUGGGUUGUUUGUUGUAGUUUUUUAGGUGCUCGAAGCUUGUACGGCUUCGUUCCGUUGCGUUACAAACAGAGGGAAUGAAAUAAGUAUCUGACGGGAACGCAGAACGGCACGAGAAAAAGCACUCAGACGUGAACGAGGACUAAACUUCUCUAGAAGAGACGGAAAAGAUGCGUUUGUAAGAAGAUAACCCUUCUCAACAGGUAAUUGGCAUAACUGUCCGUUAGCUCAACAGCGAUGGAUCUGAAGGACAGACGGCGCUCUUUAACACGGGGUACAAGUGGAAAGGAGAUGCACUACGCCACAUCCUCUUUGGACAGUGAAAACUGCCAUAUUGUGUCUCAGAAGUCAUAUAGUUCCAGCAAGACUCUGAAGGCCUACCAGCAGGAUGGACGCCUGCGUUAUGGAGCAUGUGUGGCAGAGCUAGUGCACCAGGAGACGGAGGAGUAUGUCAGACAAGCUUACGUGGAGCUGGCCCCGGUUGCAGUUGGUUAUUACCUGUCAGGGAGCUUUGCCUUGGCUGAUCUGGGCAUGUGUGAGCCUCCUCCGCCAUCCAGUGUUUACUGUUCAGAUAUAAGCCUGCUGCAGGACAGAUACUCUCUGAAUGCCGUAUCUGACGCUGAUUCAGACCCCGAGGGUGUGAUGACCCCAGAGCGGGCCGUGCAGCUGUGGAGCAGACAACCACUUAAGUCCCGCCGCAGCUCCUGCCUGUCCAGCCCGGACCACUCAGUCCUCACUCUCACUGACUCCGAAAACGAACACAAGACUGAUGAAGAAUCAGGUGCGUCCAGUCAUCACAGUCAGACGUCUCUUCGUCCUCCUCUUCCUCCUCCACACAACCACCACCACCAGUCGUCUGCUAACUCUCUGAACCGCAGCGCUCAGGCGGGACGCAGGAACCAGCAGAGCCACGCACCUGCCGCUGUUGCCCCGCCUGACGGACCCUCCACCCCGGAGUCUGUCCAGCUUCAGGACAGCUGGGCUCUGAACAGCAGCGUCCCGCUUGAGACACGGCACUUCCUCUUCAAGACGCCGUCUGGGAGCACUCCUCUGUUCAGCAGCUCUUCUCCAGGUUAUCCGUUGACUGGUGGUACCGUUUACUCUCCGCCACCUCGACUCCUACCCAGAAACACUUUCUCCAGGAGCUCCUUCAAGCUGAAGAAGCCCUCCAAAUACUGCAGCUGGAAAUGCGCCGCUGUGUCUGCAAUCGCAGCCGCUGUGCUGCUGGCCGUCCUGCUCUCGUAUGUCAUAGCUCUUAAUCUGCUCGGCUUGAAUUGGCGGCUGAAACCCACUGAAGGGCAUCUAGUGAACACUGGCCUCAGCAUGAGUAUUCCUGGCAUCGGCGACGUGGCAACAGUGCCCUCCGGAGGCAGAGGGCCGUGGGUGUUGAAGAACAGCAGUAUAAGCAGCGGGGAGCUGGAGCUGGGUCAGCGUGUCAGUCAGGAUGUUCCUCCAGGCGUCUUCUGGAGGUCUCUGCUUCACCUGCGCCAGCCACACUUCCUCAAGUUCAACAUCUCCCUGGGCAAGGACGCGCUGUUUGGGGUCUACAUGCGCAAAGGCCUGCCUCCUUCACACGCUCAGUAUGACUUCAUGGAAAGGCUGGAUGGGAAGGAGAAAUGGAGCGUUAUCGAGUCUCCUCGUGAGCGGCGCAGUAUUCAGACUGUCGUCCAGAACGAGGCCAUCUUUGUGCAGUAUCUGGACCCUGGCACGUGGCAUCUGGCCUUCUACAACGACGGAAAGGAAAAAGAGCCCGUCUCAUUCAGCACCGUGGCCUUAGACUCGGUGGAAGAGUGUUCUCAGAACUGCCACGGCAAUGGAGAGUGCAUGUCAGGAGCGUGUCACUGCUUCCCAGGCUUCCACGGCUCAGACUGCUCUAAAGUGGCGUGUCCAGUGCUGUGCAGUGGGAACGGUCAGUACAGCAAGGGUGUGUGCAUGUGCUACAGUGGCUGGAAGGGUCUGGAGUGCGACGUGCCGCAGGGCCAAUGCGUGGACCCCAGCUGCGGUGGUCACGGGACCUGCGCUCAGGGCAGCUGCACCUGUGAAGCGGGUUAUCGUGGCGAGUCCUGCGAGGAAGUGGACUGUCUUGACCCGACGUGUUCAGGACAUGGCAGCUGUGUGUCUGGUCAAUGCCACUGUAAGCCAGGUUGGUCCGGACCCCUGUGUGAUGUAUCCAGAGCCCAGUGUCCAGAUCAGUGCAAUGGCCAUGGAGUGUACAGUCCUGACACAGGCCUCUGCAGCUGUGAUCCCAACUGGAUGGGCCCUGACUGCUCCACGGAGGUGUGUUCAGCAGAUUGUGGCAGUCAUGGCGUGUGUGUCGGAGGCGUUUGCCACUGUGAGGAGGGCUGGACAGGCACAAGCUGUGACCAGAGACUGUGUAACCCACAGUGUGUGAAACAUGGGACCUGCAGGGAUGGCAAGUGCCAGUGUGAACAGGGCUGGAACGGAGAGCACUGUACCAUUGAUGGCUGUCCGGGUCUGUGCAAUGGGAAUGGGCAAUGCAUCAUGGGUCAGAACAGCUGGCACUGUGAGUGCCACACGGGCUGGAGAGGGCCAGGCUGCAGCGUUGCCAUGGAAACCUCCUGCAAUGACAACAAGGACAAUGAAGGAGAUGGUCUUGUUGACUGCAUGGACCCAGACUGCUGCACGCAGAGCUCUUGUAUGACCAAUCCUCUGUGCCGUGGAUCACGUGACCCACUACAGGUCAUUCAGCAGAGCCAAUCAGAGGUCCAGAAAGUGCCCUCCUUUUAUGACAGAAUCAAGAUGCUUGUUGGUAAAGACAGCACUCACAUCAUCCCUGGAAUCAACCCAUUCAAUGCCAGUCUGGCAUCUCUAAUUCGAGGUCAGGUUUUGACAUCAGAUGGCACUCCUUUGGUGGGCGUCAAUGUGACGUUUGUGAAGUACCCUCACUAUGGGCACACCAUGACUCGUCAGGAUGGCACUUUUGAUCUGGUGGCUAAUGGCGGAGGCUCUCUGGCCUUGCGGUUUGAGCGGGCUCCUUUUCAGAGUCAGGAACGGACAGUGUGGCUGCCCUGGAAUCGCUUCUACGCAAUGGACACUUUGGUGCUGCAAACGGAGGAGAAACCCACAGCCAGAUGUGACCUGAGCGGUUUUGUCAGGCCUGAUCCAAUAGUGCUUCCCUCCCCACUGUCCUCCUUCUUCAGCUCCAACCCUUCAGAGAGACACAUCCUUCCUGAGAGCCAGGUCCUCCAUGAGCAGGUGGAGAUCCCUGGCACCAGUCUGAAACUCUGCUAUCUAAGCUCCAGGACCUCAGGCUACCUUUCACUGCUCAAAGUGAUUAUGACCCCAGCUCUAGUGCCUCUCAGCCUGGCCAAAGUGCACCUGAUGGUGGCCGUGGAGGGACAUCUCCUCCAGAAAUGGUUCCAUGCCUCUCCUAACCUGGCAUAUACCUAUAUCUGGGACAAGACUGAUGCCUACAGGCAGAGGGUCCAUGGCUUGACCGAAGCAUUGGUUUCUGUGGGGUACGAGUAUGAGACGUGUCCCGGUCAGCUCCUGUGGGAGAAAAGGACAGCUGUGCUGCAGGGAUAUGAGCUCAACCCCUCAAACUUGGGCAGCUGGUCUCUGGACAAACACCACAUGCUGAACGUCCGCAGCGGAAUCCUUCAUAAGGGCAGCGGUGAAAACAUCUUUCUCUCUCAGCAACAGCCGCCCAUCAUCAACAGCAUUAUGGGUAAUGGCCGUAGACGCAGCAUCUCAUGCCCAAGCUGCAGUGGGAUGGCAGAGGGCAACAAGCUGCUGGCACCGAUGGCUGUAGCCUGUGAUGGAGACGGCAACCUGUAUGUGGGUGACCUUAACUUUGUGCGGAGAGUGUAUCCCUCUCUCAAUACCACAGCUGUACUGGAGCUCAGAAACAAGGAUUUGAGACACAGCAACAGUCCAAGCCAUAAGUACUACCUGGCGGUGGAUCCAAUGUCAGGCUCUCUGUUCCUGUCAGACACUAACUCUCGGCAGAUCUACCGGGUUCGCUCUCUAAACGGGGCCCGGCCCUUGCUGGAUAAUGCUCAGGUUGUGGCAGGGACCGGGGAGCAGUGCGUCCCGUUCGAUGAGGCUCGUUGUGGAGAUGGAGGCAAGGCGUUGGAAGCCACACUAAUGAGCCCGAGAGGAGUCGCACUGGAUAAGAACGGCCUGAUGUACUUUGUGGAUGCUACAAUGAUACGCAAAGUGGAUCAGAAUGGCAUUAUCUCCACUCUGAUAAAGACCAAUGACCUGACUGCAGUCAGACCUCUCAGCUGUGACUCCAGCAUGGACGUCAGCCAGGUACGUCUGGAGUGGCCCACAGACCUGGCCAUCAACCCAAUGGACAACUCUCUGUAUGUGCUGGAGAACAACGUCAUCCUGCGCAUCUCCGAGAACCACCAGGUCAGCAUUAUUGCGGGACGGCCCAUGCACUGCCAGGUUCCUGGCAUUGAUUACUCGCUCAGCAAACUUGCAAUCCAUUCUGCGUUGGAGAGCGCCACAGCUAUCGCCAUCUCCCACACAGGUGUGCUCUACAUUGCUGAGACAGAUGAGAAGCGGAUCAACCGCAUCCGGCAGGUUAGCACCAGUGGCGAGAUCUCCCUUGUAGCUGGUGCCACUUCCGAAUGCGACUGCAAGAAUGAUGUCAACUGCAACUGCUUUUCAGGAGAUGAAGGCUAUGCUGCUGACGCCUUUCUCAAUUGUCCCACUUCACUGGCCGUGUCACCUGAUGGCACCCUGUACAUCGCUGACCUCAACAAUAUCCGUGUCCGUUCAGUCCGAGGAAACCGUCCCAAUGCCACAGCAAGUGGACAAUAUGAAGUGGGUUCAUCUCUGGAACAGGAACUGUAUGUUUUUAGUGCUGACGGCCUUCACAGGCAAACGAUUAGCCUCAUUACAGGCUUGCCCCUGUAUAACUUUACCUAUGGGUUGGACGGGGAGUUGGCGGCUGUUACCGAUGCCUCUAACAACACACUUCGGGUGCGGAGAGAGGCGUCUGGCUCGAUCAGGCUGGUGCUACUGCCAGAGAACCAGGUGGUAACACUGGGAAUGGACCCAGCCGGCAACCUACGUUCAGUGUCCGCCCUCAGCCAGGAGGUGGCACAGCUCAGUUAUGAUGCUAACACAGAACUUCUAGCCUCUAAGUCGGAUGAGACUGGAUGGACAAACUUUUACAACUAUGACAAUGAGGGUCGUCUGACCAAUGUGACGUAUCCCACCGGUGUGGUGACCAGCCUGCGCCGUGAGAUGGAGGAGUCCAUCAACAUCGACAUGGAGAGCUCAAACCGAGAUGAUGAUGUCACCGUCGUCACUAAUCUCUCAUCCGUCGAGUCGUCUUACACUGUGGUUCAAGACCAAGUGCGCAAUAGCUAUCAGUUGUACCACAAUGGUACACUGCGAGUGUCCUAUGCUAAUGGGAUGGGCAUCAGCUUCCACACAGAACCACACAUCAUUGCAGGAUCUGUAAGCCCAACCAUCGGGAGGCGCAACAUCAGUCUGCCCACUGACAGCGGACUCAACUCCAUUGAGUGGCGCAUGAGAAAAGAGCUGACCAAGGGCAAGGUCACAGUGUUUGGCAGGAAGCUGCGCGUCCACAGCAGAAACCUUCUGUCCAUUGACUAUGACCGCAACACCAGAACCGAGAAGAUCUACGAUGACCACCGAAAGUUCACUCUGCGCAUUAUCUAUGAUGCCCAGGGCCGACCAGCCACCUGGCUGCCUAGCAGCAGCUUAGCCCUGGUCAAUGUGUCUUACUCACCCACUGGUCGACUAGUGGGCUUGCAGAGGGGCAGCAUGAGUGAGAAGAGCGAGUUUGACACUUUUGGACGGAUCCUGUCAAGAACCUUUGUUGAUGGCAAAAUCUGGAGCUUCAGUUACGUGGACAAAUCCAUGGUGUUGCUGCUCCAGCAAAGUCAAAAGCAGUACGUCUUUGAUUUUGAUACAGCAGGCCGACUCACAGCGGUCACAAUGCCCAGCAUGGCUCGACACACAAUGGCCACCCAUGUGUCUGUCGGGUACAUUCGCAACACCUACAACCCCCCUGAAAGCAAUGCCACUGUCAUCCAUGAUUUUAGCGUGGAUGGACGUCCAUGUGCAAUGUUCUACCUUGGAACGGGACGACGUGUACUCUACAAGUACGGGAAGCUGGGAAAACUCUCUGAGGUGUUGUAUGAUGCCACUGCAGUCACCUUUGGCUAUGAUGAGACAACAGGAGUCCUCAAAAUGGUCAACCUGCAGAGUGGAGGCUUCUCCUGCACCAUUCGCUAUCGCAAACUGGGUCCUCUAGUGGACAAGCAGAUGUACCGCUUCUCUGAAGAAGGAAUGGUCAACGCUCGCUUCGACUACACCUAUCAUGACAACAGCUUCAGGGUGGCUAGCAUAAAGCCGGUAAUAGGAGAAACCCCACUUCCUGUGGAUCUAUACCGCUAUGAUGAGAUCUCCGGCAAGGUUGAACACUUUGGCAAGUUUGGCAUCAUAUACUAUGACAUCAACCAAAUCAUCACCACAGCGGUGAUGACGCUCAGUAAGCACUUUGAUGCACAUGGUCGCAUCAAGGAAGUGCAAUAUGAGAUCUUUCGCUCAUUGAUGUAUUGGAUGACAGUGCAGUAUGACAGCAUGGGAAGAGUUAUCAAACGUGAGUUAAAGAUUGGUCCCUAUGCCAAUACUACACAGUACCGCUAUGAAUAUGAUGGUGAUGGACAACUUGUGGGGGUCAAAGUUGAUGACUGGUCUACAUGGCGCUACAGUUAUGACCUGAACGGCAAUCUCCAUUUGCUCAACCCGGGUAACAGUGCCCGUUUGCUGCCACUACGAUAUGAUCUUCGAGACCGAAUUACGAGGUUGGGUGACAUGCAGUAUCAACUCGAUGAGGACGGUGUGCUCAUGCAGAGGGGCUCGGAUGUAUUUGAGUACAACUCUAAGGGUCUUCUUGAGCGAGCCUACAGCCGCACAGCAGGAGGUUGGAGUGUCCGUUACCGUUACGAUGGCCUUGGUCGCAGAGUCUCCCGCAGAACAAGUGAAGGCGAGCAUCAGCAGUACUUCUAUGCAGACUUGAACUAUCCCACUCGGGUCACCCAUGUGUACAACCACACGAGAGCUGAAAUCACCUCCUUCUAUUAUGACCUACAGGGUCAUCUGUUCGCUAUGGAGGUCAGCGGUGGAGAGGAAUAUUACAUCGCCUCUGACAAUGUAGGCACUCCACUUGCCAUCUUCAGCAGUAACGGGCAGAUGGUCAAGCAGAUGCAGUACACAGCGUACGGAGAGAUCUACCAUGAUUCUAACCCGGAUUUCCAGCUCAUAUUGGGCUUCCAUGGAGGGCUUUAUGAUUCUCUCACAAAGCUGGUGCAUUUUGCCCAGAGAGACUAUGAUGUCCUGGCAGGAAGAUGGAUUGCACCUGACCAUACGCUGUGGUCGAAAAUAGGCAAAGAGCCAGCUCCAUUCAAUCUGUAUAUGUUCAAGAACAACAAUCCACUCAGUGAUAUGAUUGACGUAAAAAACUAUGUGACAGAUGUGAAGAGUUGGCUGGUUAUGUUCGGCUUUCAACUCAGCAAUAUCAUACCAGGGUUUCCAAGGCAUUCACUUUAUUUUGUCAACCCUCCUUAUGAGAUAUUUGCCAGUCAGGACUCUGAUAAUGCUCAGCUCUUCACUGGAGUUCAGCACUCUGUGGACAGACACAACCAGGCCUUCAUGGUUCUUGAGGGAAGGCGACUUAACAAACAGCGGCGCACCAAGCAUGACAAGCCCGGUUACUGGUUUGGCACCAGCACACCCAUCGUGGGCAAAGGCAUGAUGCUUGCUAUCAAGGAAGGUCACGUAUUAACAGACCUGUCCAGCUCAGCCAGCGAAGACAGUCGCAAAAUAUCUCAGAUCCUCAGCAACGCUAUCUACCUGGAGGGCACUCAUUACACCAUCGAAGGCCGAGACUGCCACUUCUUCGUGAAGCUUGGGCUUGCAGACAGUGAUCUGCUUGCACUGGGACUCAGCGGUGGCCAUAAGAGCCUGGAGAGCGGGAUCAAUAUUACGAUAAGCGGACGCUCCCGUCGUGGUGUCACCCUAGAAAUCCACUCCUCCAAACUCACCUACAGCAUCCGAUAUGGACUGUCGGCAGAGGCCCUGGAAAAGGAGCGAAGCCGUGUGCUGGAACAGGCCCACCAGAGGGCACUGUCUGGAGCCUGGGCCUGGGAGCAGCAACAAGUGCGAGAGGGCAGGGAAGGGGGACGUGUCUGGGCUGAAACCGAGAGGGGACAACUGUUAGCCAUGGGGAAGGUUGCAGGAUACGAGGGCUAUUACGUGCUGCCGGUGGAGCAAUAUCCUGAACUGGCAGACAGCAGCGCUAACAUCCAGUUCCUCAAACAGAACGAGAUGGGCAGGAGGUAACAGAGUUCAGCUGGUGCUGAUGCCACUCCAUCUCCUACGGAGAGAAACAACCUGGUUGCUGCAGAGACGCUUCCCGAGAAUGGAGAACUGAACAGCCAGUGGCAAGAACACUAUGACCCAAUCAAUAUUGGAGAAAAAAAGCACUUGUGAACAAUGAUUUUGUAGUGACAUUUUGACUUUCUAGAAAGUGGUGAAUAUUUUUUAGUCAUUUCAGAUGGGCUGUGAGUGGCGGGUGUUCAUGUGAUGAUAGUGUGACGGCUCACUGCUUUGGUUUUUCAUGGCUGCAUAUCAAACCAUCAAAGAAAAAUCACACUCAAUCAGUUUAUCAUCACUCUCAUGCCGCAGUACUCAAUAAAUCUGCAUCACCUGCUCUCAUACGUGUUUGUGAAUCUACACUGGAACAAUUUCAAGAGGAACGUAUGCAUCAUGGCAUUUUCAGUGGCGUUUCCCAUGGAUUUUUUCGGUGGAUGUCGGUGCAGUGUUUGUAUGGUUUAAAUUGCGCCCAUGCAAGGCUGAGCCUUCAGUGGAUGUGUUGAUCCUCAUCUGUCCUCUUCUGUUCUCAAUAUUUGACAAUCACAGGGGCUGAAACACUGAUCAAUAAAACUGUACAUGAGCCAACGGUUUUGUAUAAUAUGUAAGAGAGAUUACUGAUCCUCUUGGUUUUUUAUGUUAUUAAUUUAUCUUGGCAGAUAAAAGCUUAAUAUAUAUCAUUUUUUUAAGUCUUUUAAAACUGUGAAACCUACUACACAUGUAAAAUAAUCUCAUUGACUCAACAGUUUGAGUGUGUUAAUCAAGAACAUAUUAAGGAAGUGGCUUCAUUGUCCGGUUAUGUGAAAAUCCAUUGCAAGACCCAUUGCAGAGUUUUGUUUUGUUUUUGGAAUAUUACGAAAGCUAAAACAGCCUUUGACUUGUUUCUUUCUUGGUGUAGAAUCUCUUCAGACUGUGGUUAUUCAGUGUGACUAUGAGCUUCAGACUCGCACUCAAACACCUGUGGAAAGAGGUUCUUUGGACAUUCUAUGAAAAUAAAACAUUUGCAUUUGUACUGUU